CGAUGGGCGUGACAUUCAUUCUGAGGCGGCCGCGUCUGCCAUCGGCACGUGAUUUUGUGAGUCACGCAAUGGCCCGGCGGAAGUAGCUUCACCUCAAAAGAAAAACCAAGCAAAGAGAGAAGGAGGUCGAAAAGAGCAGCAACGUUUACAAAUGGGUCUGUGCAUCUCUGGAGAAAAGGCUGAUUAUGAAGGUAUAGUGCGUUACGACGGACAAACAUGUCUUGGUGUCAGACACGGAGAAGGAACGUAUCUCUAUCAAAAUGGCGACAUGUACAAAGGGCAAUGGAAAUGUAACCAGAAACACGGGCAUGGUGUUUAUACGCAUAAAAACGGAGAAGUGUGAGUUGAUUUUACGUUCAUUUCUGUUUAAUGACUAGUUUUGUCGAUGAAAACGGCUCAGUGUCAUGUUUUCAUUGUUUUAGUUACCUGAGAAUAAAGAUAUAUAGCGCCCAAAUAAACAUAUUAUUAUUCAGAUUGUUACAAGAUCAGUUUUGGAUGUCUCCUUUUGUAUCUCCACGUUUGCUGUUUCCGAAAGAUGCUACGUAAUUAUUAUUUUAAUUGUAAUGAUUUCGAAACACGAAGAAUGUGAAAAAAAUCAUCCUCCAUUUCGACCAAAGAUACGGUGGUAAAUUUGUACACGCGCAACUCUCAUUUUUGUAUGGCUGUUUUAAAACUGAGACGGAAAAUGUAUUUUGCGUUUUGGUAUUUUGAUGCUCUAGUAUGUUUUAUUAUGUUUUGUUUUCUAUAUGGGCAUCAGUUCUAUUUUAGACAAAAAAUAGAUCACGUUGAAACCCGUGAUAAUCAAGGGAUUGCCACAUACAUAUUCACCAUUUCUGUAUCACUCUCUAUUUCGAUUUCUCUUCAACUUCCGGUCAUUAAGGCGCGUGUCUCAAUGCGUUAUUUCAUGUGUCUCUACCUUUGAGGGACAUUGUCGCCUUACGGAAAAACUCGGGGUGUUAUCAAAAUAUUGAAGAAGGAAAGGAAAAAAUCUCGUCCUAUUAGUAAAAUUGAAAAUGAACGUGCAUUGAAAAUUGAGAAAAUGAAGAGCGGAAGUUGUACUGAUCUUGCGUGACCGUCUUCCCCGUCUUCCCAGAAAAACCACCAGGGGGGCACUCAAGGGACGUAUGGGAAGAGGUGCGACAAGUGCUAAAUGUAAUUCUUCACCAGUUUUUCGUCUACAAUGAACUUGGAGGAAAAUUCUGUGAUAGCAACCGAUGCAUUAAUUGACAACUUCCCUUGCUCGAAGAGCUUCUUAAUAUUUGAUCGUGGCUGCCAAACAUCGGGAAUACACUUCUUGCCAUUUUCAUCAUUAUUGGAAGAAGUAUGAACGCUCAAGUAUUAAAAAUUCAGGAAGUGCAGAGUGGUCUGGAACACACAAUGACCCACCCCCAAUCAUCGUGAAAUUCUCUUUUAGCCCACCCCUUUUCUCUAAAAAAAUAGGCCUAGCCCACCCCAUGAUUCCCCCCCCCCCCUCCCCCCCAAAACACACACACACACACAUAAAUAAUGACCGGUCCCUCAACAAUCGCAAAAGUUAGUUCUCGCAAAAUACUUAAAAUACUACUCCCCUUGUUUGUUGAUUUGUUACAUUCCUACUACUGAACGUAUUGUUAUGUAACCAUGCAUUGUAAGUUUCUUUCUUUUGGAUCCAGUAGAGCGCUAGCUAGGCUCAAUUCCCUCCUCUGGGAGGGAGUACCGCGGGCACAUCGAGACGACUGAGAACAUUGAUGAUCGAUAAAAAUAGCGUCUCGCGCGUGGUCAUUUUCGUGUCUCGCGCGUUUCGCUUAACGGCCUAAGAAAAAAGACAGACUGUUCGUGUAGUCUAUCGAUGUUGUAAUAAAAAAUGUAAGUAGUUUGUUUAUGUCAGGUAUCGGUUUAGUCUAAUAACUUUUAUAAUCUAAAGAAUAAAACGGGUCUUCGUUAUUUUUUCUGUCACUUAAAACAGAAAACAAGGUUUCUUCUAUCGCGAUGAAUACAUAGGAACAGAACCUGGCAACUUAUUCGCCGCUACAACGUGUUGUUGUUUCAGAGCGGUCUCGUCCGCUCAACCACUCAUGAGUGACGAAGAGAUAAGGUAUGACAAUUCAUUCAAGUCUAAUUCACUUUUUCAUCUCUCUGUUCCUCCGACAGUGCAUUGAUUCGUUUGUUCGAUCAAUCGUCCAGUCCUUUUAUUCAGUGAUUAGGUGAAUGAGUGAGUGAGUGAGUGCGUGAAUGUUUAAAUGACUCAUUCAUUCAUUCAUUCAUUCCAUCUUUCUUUCCUUCCUUUUCUCACUCACUUGUUCAUACAGCGAAUUCCUUUGUUCAUUAGACUCCUACCUCCGUAUACGGGCCAGUUGUAAAUGAUUCUUCUCGAUUUGGCCUGGCGCGAAAAAUAGAGGUCGCGCUGUCCGUGAUUAGUAGCCUGCAAACGGCAGACGUUUCUCCUCGCUCAUCGCCACUGAGGGACGUUUAGUAGUAUAGUAUAUGGGGGUAUGAGCCCAUUUUCACAAAUCAUACAUAAAACCAACAGUUGAACUGGCAGUUGAACUACCACUUCAACUGUUGGUUUUAUGUAUGAUUUGUGAAAUUCGCACGUUCCUCCUCGCGAAACGUCCCUCGCGGGGAUGAGCGAGGAGAAACGUCUUCCGUUCGCAAGCUACGUGAUUAGAGGAGAAGGGAUAGGAGGGAGGAGGUUAAGGAGAUGCGGGGUGAUGGAGGGCAAGAAAUUGGUCACGUCCCCAGGAACCAGCAAAAAAUGAAGAAACGAAGCAGCAUCUUCUUUGUGAUUUUCUUCCCCAUCAAUGUUUCUUCGCACAAGAUGUGAGACACUGGUGUAAUUAAUAUAAGUUGGAUAGGUCGAUUCCGCUAAAACAUUUUAUUUUCCAAAUCUAUUAGGAAUCAAGAAAGAAUGGAGGCUGCGAGACAAAGAGCGGAAGAACGUGAAAGGAAACGGGAGGAAAGACAGCAACGUAGAGAUGAAUUACGACACAAAUAUAAUCUCUAA